AAGAGGAAGAGGAGGGACAGAGGAGGAGGAGAGAGAGAAGAAGGAGCGGGAGAAAGAGGAAGAGGAGGGACAGAGGAAGAGGAGGAGCAGCCCCAGCCCCGCUCUGGCCGCGGCUCGCCCGGAUCCGCCGGCAUCGCCCGCCCGGAACCCGCAGAGCAGGAGCUGGGCAUGGAGAGCAGCGAGGACAAAUCCCAUCGUGUCCUUGUCCUUCCUCGGCCAGAGCAGGAGCUGGGCAUGGAGAGCAGCGAGGACAAAUCCCAUCGUGUCCUUGUCCUUCCUCGGCCAGAGCAGGAGCUGGGCAUGGAGAGCAGCGAGGACAAAUCCCCGCGGCGGCAGAACCUGGUGGCAGAGGCCGUUUGGAGCGGCUCCACGGCGCAGGAAGGCAGAGGGGAGGAGAAGCCGCGGAGAUCCCUCAGCAGGAGGGGCUGCAAAGGCAGAGCGCGGGGAUCCGAGGGGGAAAGAGCCAGCCUGGGCCGGGGAGGGGGUCAGAGCUCGGAGCUGGGGGUCCCUGAGCAGCUCCAGGAUGGGGAGAAGCCCCACAAGAGCUCGGAGCUGGGGGUCUGUGAGCAGCUCCAGGAUGGGGAGAAGCCCCACAAGUGCCCGGAAUGUGGGAAGAGCUUCACGCUGAGUUCCCACCUGGUUGCCCACCGGAGAAUCCACACCGGGGACAGACCCUACGAGUGUGGGCUGUGCAUGAAGAGCUUCAGCAGAAGGUCCUACCUGAUCGUGCACUGGCGCAUCCACACCGGGGAGAGGCCCUACGAGUGUGAGCAGUGCAGGAAGAGGUUCCAGACCAGCUCCAGUCUCAGCCUCCACCAGCGAAUUCACAGAGAGGAGAGACCCUACGAGUGUCCCCAGUGCGGGAAGAGCUUCAAGCACAGCUCCACCCUGGUCACCCACCGGCGCAUCCACAGCGGGGAGAGACCCUACGAGUGUCCCCAGUGUGGGAAGAGCUUUGGGAGGUGUUCCAGCCUGGUUGUCCACCAGAGGAUCCACACGGGAGAACGGCCCUACGAGUGUGGGCAGUGCGGGAAGAGCUUCGGCAGGAGUUCCCACCUGAUUGUCCACCAGAAGAGCCACACGGGACAAGAGCUGGGAUCUGAGGGGGAAAAACCCACCCUGGGUCAGGGAGGGGGUCAGAGAUCAGAGCUGGGGGUCCGUGAGGAACUCCAGGAUGGGGAGAAGCCCCACAAGUGCUCGGAAUGUGGGAAGAGCUUCAGCAGGAGAUCCUACCUGGUGCGCCACUGGAUUGUCCACACGGGGCGACGGCCCCACGAGUGUGGGGAGUGCGGGAAGAGCUUCAGCGAGCGCUCCAGCCUGAGCAAACACCAGAAGAUCCACACCGGGAAGAGGCCCCACGAGUGCGGGCAGUGCGGGAAGAGCUUCACGCAACGCUCCCACCUGAUGGUCCACCAGAGGAGCCACACUGGGGAGAAACCCUACGAGUGCGAUGUGUGCAAGAAGAGGUUUCAGACCAGCUCCACUCUCCUGGUGCACCAGCGCAUCCACACCGAGGAGAGGCCGUUCCAGUGCUCCGAGUGCGGGAAGGGAUUCAGGGAAAACUCCAGCCUGGUCAAACACCGGCGUGUCCACACCGGGGAGAGACCCCACGAGUGUCUCCAGUGCGGGAAGAACUUCAGAGAGAGCUCCCACCUGGUGGUCCACCAGAGGGGCCACACCGGGGAGAGACCCUACGAGUGUGGGGAGUGUGGGAAGAGCUUCACGCAGAGCUCCAGCCUGGUUGUCCACCAGAGGAGCCACACGGGAGAGCGGCCCUACGAGUGUGGGGAGUGUGGGAAGAGCUUCAGCCAGAGCUCAGGGCUGAUCGCCCACCAGAAGAUCCACAGUGAGGACAGGCCCUACGAGUGCGCGCUGUGCGGGAAGAGCUUCAGCAUCAGCUCCUACUUGGUCAAGCACCAGCUGAUCCACACGGGGGAGAGGCCCUACGAGUGUGAGCAGUGCAGGAAGAGGUUUCAGAGCAGCUCUGACCUCCUGAAGCACCAUCGGGUGCACACCGAGGAGAGGCCCUUCCGCUGUCCCACCUGCGGGAAGGGAUUCAAGCACAACUCCACCCUGGUCAGGCACCGGCGCAUCCACACCGGGGAGAGACCCUACAAGUGUGGGUUCUGUGAGAAGAGCUUCUCCAGGAGCUUCACCUUGACCCAACACCAACGCAGCCACUCGGAGCUGGGGGUCCGUCAGCAGCUCCAGGAUGGGGAGAAGCCCCACAAGUGCUCAGAAUGUGGGAAGAGCUUCAGGUGGAAAUCAUCCCUGGUUGACCAUUCCAGAAUCCACACUGGGGAGAAGCCCUAUGAGCGUGGGGAAUCUGGGAGAAGCUUCUGCUCAAGCUCCAGCCUGGUUGUCCACCAGAGGAUCUACACUGGGGAGAAGCCCCACAAGUGCCCGGAAUGUGGGAAGAGCUUCAGGUGGAGAUCAUCCCUGAUCCGCCACUGCAGAAUCCACACGGGGGAGAGACCCUACGAGUGUGGGGAAUGUGGGAAGAGCUUCAACACCAGGUCCUACCUGAUCGUGCACCAGAGGAUGCACAACGGGGAGAGGUCCUACGAGUGUGGGCUGUGCGGGAAGAGCUUCAGCACCAGCUCCCACCUGAUCGUGCACCAGAGGAAUCACACGGGAGAGAGGCCCUACGAGUGUGAUGUGUGCAAGAAGAGGUUCCAGAGCAGCUCCACCCUCCGCAGCCACCAGCGGAUUCACACCGAGGAGAGGCCGUUCCGCUGUCCCGACUGCGGGAAGGGAUUCAGGGAAAACUCCACCCUGGUCACCCACCGGCGCAUCCACACCGGGGAGAGACCCUACGUGUGUGGGGAAUGUGGGAAGAGCUUCAACACCAGCUCCUACCUGAUGGUCCACCAGAGGAUGCACAGCGGGGAACGGCCCUACGAGUGUGGGCAGUGCGGGAAGAGCUUCACCCGGAGCUCCCAGCUGAUCGUCCACCACAGGAUCCACACCGGGGAACGACCCUACGAGUGUCCCCAGUGCGGGAAGGGCUUCAUCUCCAGCUCCAACCUGAUUGUCCACCAGAGGAGCCACGCCGGGGAGAGGCCCUACGAGUGUGAGCAGUGCAAGAAGAGGUUUCAGAGCAUCGGUGAUCUGGUCGUGCACCGGCGCUCGCACGCGGAGGAGAGGCUGUUCCACCUCCCCGACGGCGGGCAGGGCUUCAGUGACAGCUCCACGCUCAUCCAGCAGCAGUUCAUCCACGCCGGGGAGGGUGAGGAGAGCUUCAGUGAGAGCUCCAGCCUGAUCAUCCACCAGAGGGACCACGCCGAGGAGAGACCCUACGAGUGCGAUCAGUGCCGUCAGAGGUUUUACACCAGCUCCUCUCUCCUCAAGCACCAACGCGCUCACAGCGAGGAGAGGCCCUUCCGCUGCCCCGACUGCGGGAAGGGCUUCAAGAACAACUCCGCCCUCGUCAUCCACCAACGCAUCCACACCGGGGAGAGGCCCUACGAGUGUGAUCAGUGCUGGAAGAGGUUCCACACCACGUCUGAUCUCCUCCUGCACCAGCGCAUCCACACGGACGAGAGGCCCUUCCGCUGUCCCGACUGCGGGGUGGGGUUCAAGCACAACUCCAGCCUGGUCAAACACCGGCGGAUCCACACCGGGGAGAGACCCUACGUGUGUUGGCAGUGUGGGAAGAGCUUCAGCGCCAGCUUCAGCCUGAUUGUCCACCACAGGACCCACACCGGGGAACGGCCCUACGAGUGUGGGCAGUGCGGGAAGAGCUUCAGCCAGAGCUCAGGGCUGGUGGCCCACCAGAGGAGCCACACGGGGGAGAGGCCCUACGAGUGUGGGGAGUGUGGGAAGAGCUUCAGCCAGAGCUGUAACUUGAUCAAACACCAGUGUAGGCAGCACUGCGGGCAGCCCAGAGGGCAGGAGGAGCUUCCUGGGCUGCUGCAGCUUCAUCCCCCACAGGAGGAUCUGCUCUGGAUGGUCCCCAGUGAGCCCAGGUGGGCAGAGCCCAGGUGAUCCCUGUUGGGAGGACACCUGGCUGGGGGCUCCUCAUCCUCCUGCCCAGGUGGGCAGAACCUCCAUGAUCCCUCUUGAGAGGACACCUGGAGGAGGGCUCCUCAUCCUCCUGGCUCCUCGUGGUCACCUGAACUCAUCCACAGUCCAAGAUCAGAAAUCCAUCGUGGAGAGCAGAUUUGUCAUCUUCUGACCCAGAAAAAUCUCAUUUUUCCCCUCUUUUGGUGGUCUUCAGCAACUCUAGAAAGCCUCGGAUGGCUUCUCCACCAUCAAUCCAUCCCCCACGGGAGGAUCUGCUCUGGAUGGUCCCCAGGGAGCCCAGGUGGGCAGAGCCCAGGUGAGCCCUGUUGGAGCACACCUGGCUGGGGGCUCCUCAUCCUCCUGGCUCCCCUGGCCUGGAUUUCCUUUCCAUUUCCCUUUGUCCUUUCCAAACACCCAAACCUGGAGUUUACAAUAAAGAUGUUGAACUGAAACAA